AUGCCCAAAUCACCCCAGUCAAACAAGCGAUCUGACACCAGGUCUCGCUCGCCUUCUGUCCUCAGGGUCGAUAGAAAGUCUGGCAAUCUCACGCGCGCUUCGACACCCACUACGUCUUCUAUCAUUCCUACAGAGACUCCAACACCUUCGUAUAUGACCAACGUCCACGACUCGUCGACGAGUGCUAUGGCUGGUGCCACGACGCACAUAUUCGAGAUGCUCGAAGCGCUCAGGGACCAAUAUGGAGUGGAGACAGUCCUCGUCGUAACUCGAGGCAACAUAAAGCAACCGCGUUUCUCGAGGGUUCACGCGUCCAGGAAAGCGUCGCGCUUUCUACGAAAUGUCGUUCGUACGGAUGCUGGACAGCUCGCAGAGAAGCUGGAGGGAUACAUUGUUUCCGGAGCUGCUGAUCAUGGUACUUUCAUUUGGGCUUCUUCAUGGUACCAGUCGCUCAUUCUUAUGCUCAAAGGCGGAAUACCUCAUUCAACCGUGAAAAUGAAGCAAAAAGAGCAGAUCAAGAUAGCGAGAGAUUUUAUCCUCAAUGGCUUGAUUGACAUCCUGCGUGAGGACAACAUGCCUGAAGAUCAAAUACCAAAGUCCAUGAACUACAAAAGCUACGAAACGAAGAUUGUGGAGCAAUGUGGUGUCGUCCUGAUCGGCUAUCCAGGAGACAAGGGCAUCGUUAAUCCGGGAGAACUCGAUGCGCUGAUGCUUAAGGAGCUUUUGACACGCCUAAACGAUGGCCGCUGCUAUUGGAAGAAAUUGAACGAUGUGGCGUCGACAUCUCGCGUGGAACGCCAUACUUCUUCCCUAUCAAGUCCUGCCACUCCAAAUUGCGAACGUGCUCCUGCGUCCUUCGGCACGCUUCCUCCUUCUGGGACCGAGUUCGAAAUCCCGACUCCAAGCUCCACAGACCUGUCAUCUUCGUGGCUUAAAGAUAUCGUUUCGACAAACACGCCUCCGGAAGGUGAUGGAUACUUGCUCAUGGCCCAAGGUUACGACAAUCCCGUUACAGAGUACCCAUCCCAGGCGGCGCCCAUGCUUCAUUACGAACCACCAUCUUCUUGUCUCAACCAAGAAUACACAAUGCCUUGGCAAGCUCCCGACCCGGUUGCUAAGGCCAUGAACGUAUUACACCGCGCAUAUCUAGAGGCCUUCAUCUCAUUAUUCCCUAACCAAAUGCCUAACAUGACCGCACCGCUUCCCUCUUUUACAGACAUGCUCCCUUCGUUCUCGCCAUCAUCCAGUACACUUUACAGCGGCUCCGACACAUAUACUCCUCCACCAUCGGAUAUCGUCACUCCUCCCGCCACGAGUCCACUACCAGCUCCAACUCCAUCCGACGUGUAUGAUAGUCCGAUUCCCGCCGACAUGCCCAACCUCAUCCCAGAGCACCAGUGUUUCGCCGCCACUGCGGAGACAGACGGGAUUUCUGCGAGUUUCUUGUCUCUCAACAGCAACGUCACUUCCGAUACAAAUUCUUUUCCUUGGCUACAAACAUGGCAAACAUAG